AUGGAUCACCUGACGGACGUCUAUGCCAAUGUAGAGGAACCAUCAGGCCAAAAAAAGAGUUUGUCAAAAAGUUCUGAAAGUGUUUAUGAAGAUGUGUUGAUCGAAACUCUGGAGCCAAACAGAACUGGAGCAACACUCUCAGGUGUGAAGAAGAGUUCCUGCAGAGCUGCUGCAGUGGUUCUGGGUCUGCUGUGUCUCCUCCUUCUGACUGGACUCAUAACUUUGGGUUGCCUGUUCUCCAAAGGCAACUCUGAGCGGCAAACGAAGAUGAUCCAGUUACAGACCAGUAACAACAACCUGACUAACGUACAAGACAAUUUCCAAAAAAGAGUUGAAGAAUUGGCCAAACAGAGGACUGAUCUUCAGGGAAAGAUUCGAGAUCAGCAUACCAAACAAGGAUGGGUGUAUUUCAACGGUAGUAUGUAUUCCAUCUCUUCACUGGCAAUGUCCUGGCUAGACAGCAGAGCGUACUGUGUGCAAAGAUUCGCAGACCUGGUGAUUAUUAACAGCGAAGAAGAGCAGAAGUUCAUUAGCAAUUUCAAAAAACCCGUAUGGAUCGGACUCACUGAUCGAGAGACGGAGGGGAGAUGGAAAUGGGUGGACGGAACUCCGCUGACCAAAAGCUUCUGGAACCCUCUGGAGCCAAAUGGACAGCCGUUUCAAAGGGAUGAAGAUUGUGCAGAAAACUAUUAUUUGGAAAAAAACUGGAAUGAUGACAAGUGUGAACAUAAAAAAAUGGGUAUAUGUGAGAAGAUGUUGCCUCCAUAACCCAAAACCAACAAAACAAUGACAUAACAACAGGGAAAUACUCUGUUCACGUUCUCCAGCAUGAACAUAAUGCUCAGCCCUCCUCUCUGCAUGGGGCAUGCAUCUAAUUAAUGUACAUGGAAAGAUAAAUAUAGCUUGUUUCGUUGCUUUAAACCCUGAAUAUGAUGAGUAAUGUGUGACCUAAAAAAGAUGUCAUAAUUAUCCAUAACAUAUAUAUUUGUUUGUAUUUUUAG